ACCGCAUGAAUCAAUUUUGAAGAACAAUUACCGAACACGGCAGCACCAGUUUCCUAUUGCAGGAAAAAAAUUAAAAUAGAAAAAACAACACAGAUCUAUUAACCAAUAAAAUCCUACGCAUCCUUCCAGUACACCCACUCACCCUAAUUUCUUUUUAGAUUCUUUUUUCCAGGAAUUAAGGUAAGAAUGGAAGGCGGAGGACCACCACAGGCGGCGGACACCGAGAUGGCAGAAGCAGCUCAGCAACAGCCACAACACCACCAGCAACAUCCGCCGCAGGUGGCCGCUGGCCUGGAAAAUAUUCCGGCCACCCUAAGCCACGGCGGCAGGUUUAUUCAGUAUAACAUCUUUGGUAACAUUUUCGAGGUCACUGCUAAAUAUAAACCACCUAUUAUGCCUAUCGGUAAAGGCGCUUACGGCAUCGUUUGUUCCGCAUUGAAUUCCGAGACAAAUGAACACGUUGCGUUAAAGAAGAUAGCGAACGCAUUUGAUAACAAGAUUGAUGCGAAGAGAACUCUUCGUGAGAUCAAGCUGCUUCGUCACAUGGAUCAUGAAAACGUUGUUGCAAUCAGGGAUAUAAUUCCACCACCUCAAAGGGAAUGCUUUAAUGAUGUUUAUAUUGCGUACGAGCUGAUGGACACUGACCUGCAUCAGAUAAUCCGUUCUAAUCAAGCUUUAUCUGAAGAGCAUUGUCAGUAUUUCCUCUAUCAGAUCUUACGUGGGCUGAAGUAUAUACACUCUGCAAAUGUUCUACACAGGGACUUGAAACCUAGCAACCUUCUCCUGAAUGCUAAUUGUGACUUGAAAAUAUGUGAUUUUGGACUCGCUCGUGUCACCUCUGAAAGUGAUUUUAUGACUGAAUAUGUUGUUACAAGAUGGUACCGUCCACCUGAACUGUUGCUAAACUCUUCAGACUAUACUGCAGCCAUUGAUGUAUGGUCAGUGGGUUGCAUUUUUAUGGAAUUGAUGGAUCGAAAGCCAUUAUUUCCUGGAAGAGAUCAUGUGCAUCAGCUUCGAUUACUUAUGGAACUGAUUGGCACCCCAUCAGAGGCUGAGUUGGAGUUUUUAAAUGAGAAUGCUAAGAGAUAUAUUCGACAACUUCCUCUUUAUCGUCGAGAAUCUUUCACUGAAAAGUUUCCAAAUGUCCACCCUUUAGCUAUUGAUCUUGUUGAAAAGAUGUUAACUUUUGAUCCCAGACAAAGGAUUACUGUUGAGGACGCACUUGCUCAUCCCUAUCUAACGUCACUGCAUGACAUAAGUGAUGAACCUGUAUGCAUGACCCCCUUUAGCUUCGACUUCGAGCAGCAUGCAUUAACUGAGGAGCAGAUGAAGGAGCUGAUAUAUCGGGAGGCACUUGCAUUCAACCCAGAAUAUCUGCAGCAGUGAUGAGUCCAUAUGCCAUUGAUUUAUUGAUGAGCUUUUGUCAGUGUUGGUGAUCGUUUUCUUCCUGUAUAUAUACAUACGUACGUAUGUAGGUAUGUAUGUAUUUAUGUAUGUAUGUAUGUAUGUACGUAUGUAUGUUCCAAUCCCAGGAUAGAAUGGCUAUUGGAAUUGAGAUAUUUAACUAUGGGCAAAAUGCAGGAAACUAAAACAGUUGUAUUGGUGUUUUUAUGUACGGCUGUCUUGAUUUCUUUCUUUCGUUGUUCUAUCUGUUUCAAUCGACCCGACUUUGGACUUCUCAUA